CGAAGCCACUAUUUGACAGACACGUGGGUAUCACGCGACGCCUUCUGCGUGCAUAGCAAUGAAGAGGAAGCCAGUGUCCACAGAAACAGAUGGUCUGGUGUCAAUAGGCUGAUAUUAACUGGCCGCUCUCCCCACUCUGAACCGAGAGAGCAAAAAGCACAUUCAAAGCGCUGGGAAUAAAUCCUACGCCACGCUGAUGGAGCUACUAAUAAGACACCACUAAGAUUAGUGGAGAUGAUGGCGGCCCCAAUCACUACAACAACAUCACCUUCAUAAAAGUUGGGAUCUCCUGCCAUGCCUGUGACUAGCUGCUUCGUCAUCGCUGUGCCACACCCUGCUGAGGAAAAGGACAGCCACCUGACCUUGAUGCUCACAUCAGCCCAGCCCUGACUUUUUUUCCUUUGCUGGCUAUUACAGAGAGAAAAGAAAAAAGGGGAGCAAAGAACUGAAGAGAAUCUGAAAAUAAAAAGGACAGAACGAAAAAAGCACCGAAUCUGAACAUGUUCGAAAUAAGCCGAACACUCAACGCUGCUUUGUUGAGCAAUGAGCAUCUCAAGAUGAUGGCGAGGUACGGGCAGCUCUCGGGACUAGCAGCCAGUGGCGUGGGCUCCGUCCCCGAGACGCACUCGCCGCUAUUUCCCAGGGAUCUCCUGUCAUCGCCAGCCCAGAUGGGCUACAGGUCACCCCUGGGGUCGACAGAGACACAGUGGCGUCAGGCAGAGCUCCCACAGCUCCAGGGCUGGGCAGAGAAGGGAUUGCUGACACAGCCAAAGAUGAUCAUCAGUAACAUGGAGGCUCCAGUGACAAAUGGCCCCAGUGGAGGAGGCAACACAGCCAACGGGCCUACCACCAACAGCCGCGGCUGCCCCUCGCCCAUGCAGACUGGCCCGACAAAUGACGACAGCAAGACCAACCUCAUUGUUAACUACCUGCCCCAGAACAUGACUCAGGAGGAGUUCCGCAGCCUGUUUGGUAGCAUCGGGGAGAUUGAGUCCUGCAAACUGGUUCGCGACAAGAUCACAGGUCAGAGUCUGGGUUACGGCUUUGUCAACUACAUCGAUCCAAAGGACGCAGAGAAAGCCAUCAACACGUUAAAUGGACUCAGACUUCAGACCAAAACGAUCAAGGUGUCAUACGCACGACCCAGCUCAGCCUCCAUCCGUGAUGCCAACCUGUAUGUGAGCGGUCUGCCCAAGACUAUGACCCAGAAGGAGCUGGAGCAGCUCUUCUCCCAGUACGGACGCAUCAUCACUUCCCGCAUCCUUGUCGACCAGGUCACAGGCCCCGCAGGUGGCUCCCGAGGUGUGGGCUUCAUCCGCUUUGAUAAGAGGAUAGAGGCUGAAGAGGCCAUCAAGGGCCUGAAUGGACAGAAGCCAUCGGGUGCCGCUGAGCCCAUUACGGUCAAGUUCGCCAACAACCCCAGCCAGAAGACCAGCCAAGCCCUUCUGUCGCAACUCUACCAGUCCCCCAAUCGCCGAUACCCAGGCCCCCUCCACCACCAGGCUCAGAGGUUCAGGCUGGACAAUUUGCUUAAUAUGGCCUAUGGCGUAAAGAGGUUUUCUCCCAUCACCAUUGACAGCAUGACCAGCCUGGUUGGCAUGAACAUCCCCGGGCACACCGGCACUGGCUGGUGCAUCUUCGUGUACAACCUGUCCCCAGAUUCAGAUGAGAGCGUGCUCUGGCAGCUGUUUGGGCCGUUCGGCGCAGUCAACAAUGUCAAGGUGAUCCGUGACUUCAACACCAACAAGUGCAAAGGCUUCGGCUUCGUCACCAUGACGAAUUAUGACGAGGCGGCCAUGGCCAUCGCCAGUCUCAACGGCUACAGGUUGGGCGACCGCGUCUUGCAAGUCUCCUUCAAGACUAACAAGACACACAAGUCCUGAACUUUAACAGGUAGAAGCAGUUUCCCCGCGACUCUGUCCAAUCCAAAAUUGCCCCCAACCCC